ACCCAGCAAUUCGUGCAGAAUCGCGAUGAUCCCGCGAACCUCAUUUGCCUCGCAUGUCCUUCUGGACAUUACUCCGCGGAGCUUAAAGAUGGGAGUGGGAAAACCUUCGUGUGUCGAGGCUGCCCCGUGGGCACCUCACAGCCCUCGGGAGCCUCGCUGGCAUGUGAUCCUUGCCCUAAAGGUGAAUAUCAAGAUGAAGAGGCGACAAGUUCCUGCAAACGCUGCGAAGUUGGCAAAUACCAAAGUGAGCUUGGCCAGACCGACUGCAGAAGCUGCCCUCGGAAGACGACGACGUUGGGCUUCGGUUCCAAGUCGCUCUCCGACUGUGGAUGCGAGGAGGGCAGAAUCAAUAUCGGGCCCGAAAUCAGGCAAAAUGGAUCAGACUUUGAGUGCGUGGGUUGCGAUGACGGCCUGUAUUGCCCUUUCUCCUCAACUUUGCAGAAUCUCAGAGAUGGAGAAUCACAAUUGGGCAAG